UAUUCCAGUCGGUGAUGUAAUGAUCUGUAGACGGGACUUUACCAUUGCACUAAUCUACAAAGGGGUGCUGUGGGUCGUCAGUAACCAGCGUGGCAGCUGUUGUUUAGGUGUCCUGCCUUUUUUUUUAUUUACCGGGAUAGUUGUAAUAUCACAGCAUUGUCAAAAUGUCUAGCAAAAGGGCUAAGGGAAAAACCACCAAAAAGCGCCCCCAGCGGGCCACGUCAAACGUGUUUGCCAUGUUCGACCAGUCCCAGAUCCAGGAAUUCAAAGAAGCCUUCAACAUGAUCGAUCAGAACCGUGAUGGCUUCAUUGAUAAGGAGGAUCUGCAUGAUAUGUUGGCUUCAUUGGGUAAGAACCCCACAGAUGAAUACCUCGAGGCGAUGAUGAAUGAAGCCCCUGGUCCCAUUAACUUCACCAUGUUCCUCACAAUGUUUGGAGAGAAGCUUAAUGGCACAGAUCCUGAAGAUGUUAUCAAAAAUGCAUUUGCUUGUUUUGAUGAGGAGGGGACGGGUUUUAUUCAGGAGGACUACCUGAGGGAGCUCUUGACCACUAUGGGGGACAGGUUCACAGACGAAGAAGUAGACGAGCUGUUUAGAGAGGCCCCUAUUGACAAGAAAGGCAACUUCAACUAUGUAGAGUUCACUCGCAUCCUGAAACACGGUGCUAAAGAUAAGGAUGAUUAGAAAACGGCCAAACACUACUGAAACUAAUGAAAACUACACUGUAACACUAUGACAUGUAUAAUUGUCUUCUUUUCCCCACAUUUAUGGGCUAGUGCAAAGGGAUACGUUAAUCAAGUCAAAAUCAUUUGACUCUACUGUACCUUCUCUUAAACAGUAGACUUGUACAUAACUAUGAAGUAAACAGACAUGUAAUCUGUGGUAAACCUCAAAGUGAAUGAAUGCUGUUCUGGGAUGUAAAUGUUGAGAAAUAAAUUCCGGAAUUAUUCAAUGUA